AGCUGCCUGUUCGCCAAGGUAACGCUUCAAAGCAGAAGAAAUGUCUCGAAAUAGUCAAUCGGAUGUGCGAGAUGAAAUGUGGAAUGCCAGCCAGCCUCUGAUCAAAUGUGCGGACGCCGAUGCUUCUCCGCGCUCCGAACGUUUCAUCUUCGGUCCAGAAUGCCACUUGCUUAACUGACAUACGAGGAUUGAGACAUAAAUAGUCCCCGAUAGAGGAAUACUACCGAAUCUACAAAUAUGAACGCUACUUUACUUAAACGAAAGCUGGACUGUAUGUAUGCGCUGUUGUUAUGGCUCCAGGCAGUGUGGAUGUGGUGUUCAGCGGCCGAAGAGCAUCAUUUCAGUGUUGAGGCGUGGUUACAGAGGUAUGGCUACCUCCACCAUACACAACCUAACAUGGCUGUCCUGAGAUCAACCCAUACCAUGCACUCUGCUAUUGCUGCCAUGCAGCACAAGUAUGGACUCAACGUCACAGGGACUCUAACCAAGGAGACUAUAGAUUGGAUGAAGAAGCCCAGAUGUGGGGUACCUGACCACCUUAAAGGGGUGUCUGGAUCCCGUAGGCAGAAGCGCUAUGCACUAACUGGACAGAAGUGGCAACGCACACACAUCACAUACAGCAUUAAAAAUGUUACCCCAAAAGUGGGCGCACGAGAAACCCACGAGGCCAUUCGCCGGGCGUUCGAUGUAUGGCAAGGCGUUACACCACUACGUUUUGAGGCCGUGCCCUACAGCGCUCUGGAGAGUGGCAAACGCGAUGUGGACAUUACCAUCAUCUUUGCCUCUGGUUUCCAUGGUGACAGCUCUCCGUUCGAUGGAGAAGGAGGCUUCCUGGCACAUGCUUAUUUCCCAGGGCCAGGCAUAGGGGGCGACACACAUUUCGACUCUGAUGAACCCUGGACACUGGUCAAUCCAAACCAUGAUGGUGAGAGAACAGCAGGCAAUGACCUAUUCCUUGUGGCGGUCCAUGAGCUUGGUCAUGCUUUGGGACUGGAACAUUCAAAUGAUCCUACAGCUAUAAUGGCUCCAUUUUAUCAGUACAUGGACACUGAGACCUUCAAGCUGCCCCAUGAUGAUCUACAGGGCAUCCAGAAAAUAUAUGGUCCUCCAGACAAAACCCCUCAGCCAACUAGAUUGCUUACGACCGCUACACCUCCACGCCUGCACCAUCCAUCAGACCCUCGAAAACAUGACCGCCAGAGUCGUCCUCAUCGACCCCCACAGAAGUCAAAACCAGCCAACCCCAACUCCAAACCCAACAUCUGUGAUGGAGGCUUCAACACUUUGGCAAUCCUGCGACAGGAGCUGUUUGUCUUUAAGGAUCAGUGGUUCUGGAGGGUGCGUGAUAAUUCUGUGGUGCCUGGAUACCCAAUGCAAAUCAGCUACUUCUGGAGAGGUCUGCCACCUAAGAUUGAUGCAGUCUAUGAAAAUAGUGAGGGGAAGUUUGUCUUCUUCAAAGGGAACCGGUUCUGGGUGUUUAAGGAUACAACUCUGCAGCCCACAUAUCCUCAGGACAUUUCUCUUUUUGGCAGUGGAAUGCCCACACAGAGCAUCGAGACAGCUGUUUGGUGGGAAGAUGUGGCCAAAACCUACUUCUUCAAAGGGGAUAGGUACUGGAGGUACAAUGAGGACAUGAGAACCAUGGACCCUGGCUACCCAAAACCUAUUACUGUCUGGAAAGGCAUCCCAGACUCUCCACAGGGAGCCUUUGUGGACAAAGCGAAUGGCUUCACAUACUUCUACAAGGGCAAAGAAUACUGGAAGUUCAACAACCAGCGGCUGAGAGUGGAACCAGGCUACCCCAGGUCUAUCCUGAGGGAUUUCAUGGGCUGUGACGGCUUGCCUACCGACCCCGACUGGGACUGGAGUCCCCCACAGGAAGAGGAACCACCGCAGUAUGACCAUGAUGAUGUUGACAUUGUGCUGAAGCUGGAGAACAGCGGUGGUGCUGAGAAAGCUGUGGCCAUUGCCAUCCCCUGCGUCCUGGCCCUCUGCAUGAUGGUCCUGCUCUACACCGUGUUCCGCUUCAAGAGGAAGGACACCCAGCGCAACUUACUGUACUGCAAGCGAUCCAUGCUGGAGUGGGUCUGAGAAACAAGGGUUCCGCUGCUACUGCUAAAACUAUUUACAUCUUAAAAAUCUCCUCCAAGGUGCAGGGUUCGAGUAAUUGUCUAACUCUUGAGGUGUUGACCCUCUGGGUUUGUCAGUAUUAGUUGCCAAAAGACACAGAUGACAUGAGCAAAUAGCAUGCCAACAUCCUCUUGCCCGUGUCAGAAUUCGCAGGUGGCAAUGUGUCGGUUUUUUUGUAUGGUUUUGGACCUUUGAGUGGCUUCGGUUGACCAUUUUGGUUGUCAAAGUCCUCUGCAGGAGUAAACUGUUACACUACAUACCAUAAGAUACCAACUUUUCAACUGACUGAAUUAUUUAUCCCCGUACAACUGAUCUCGAUACUCACCUGUGUCUCUCUGAAAUACUGAAAAACUGAUACCCAAACCAAAUAUGCCCUUAGUGUCCAAAGAGGAUUGCUUCAUUCACAUCACUGGAUACUCUGAGAUGACCAGCUUAUCGAUUAUUAUUUGAGUUCCAUUCAGCUGCAUUCAUCUUCAGGAUAUAUGGAACCUGUCUGCUUGGAAACUCGAAAGACCGUGACAUAACACUGGGGCUACCUGCAAUAUUUUGUCGAAUGCCUUAAUCACAUACUGAGUUUAUUUUUUGUGUAAUCGUGUACAUGUGCCUGUGUGAAUGUGACAUUUUUCAUGAUUCUUCAUGGAAUUUUUUUAGCUUGUCACCGCUCUUUGGAUAAACUGCUAACUGACAGAUAUUUGCAGUAAAUUUUAAGUGUCACUGACUGUUCAAAAGUGUAAUUGAAACCAAGUUUCCGAGUGUGUGACUGCUCUCCAUGUUCUUUAUGUCUGCAUUUUUCCAACACUCCAAGCUGCAUAGAAAAUUAGACUUUUGGUUUGAUUUUAAGUGCUUCCAUUUCACUUCUAGAGAAUUUAUUAAGCAAAAUAAAGCUUUUUAGCAAAAAUUCCUAAAGAACCUUCCAGAUGAUGAAUAAUGAAAUAUCAACACAAUACCAUAGAAUGUUAAAGCUAUGUAAAAUCCACUGACAUUAGCUUAGUUUGCAAUGCAAUAUUUGGUUAAAUGUGCUAAAUGUGUGUUUUCUGAUAGAAAUAUCUGUGCUUACGAGGCAGCAAAAGACUAGUGUUUAGGUUUUAGGCUUUGGUUCUGCGUAAAUCAAACGCAUCAGAGAUGCAUGUCUUGUUUUUAUUCAGCUGUGCACGAAAACACAUAAUACAACAAUUGACUCUUAUGUAAAGGUGAGCAUAGAUGGUUAAUUGACCUUUGACAGGGUAGAUGCUAUAUUUAAUUUGACAAAUGACAACACUGAUUGGCUGAUGGCACCACAAGAACAUGCACAGUCCCAAGCCCUUCACUAGCAACUAGGGUUGCCAACUGUCCUGUAUUAGCUGGAACGUCCCGUAUUUUGGCUGAAAUGACAACGUCCCGGGAUGCCUAUUGUCCCAUCUUUUAGCGGCAAAACACUCCAGGUGUACAUUGGAGGUAUAAAAGCAAAAUGCUGCCUUUGGAAAUUAGGAUACACUGAGUUACAAGAUCAUAAAUAUUUAUUAGUUUUGAUGCAGAAAUUUUGUGUAUGUUCACUGGGAUUCAAAGAAAUCUGUUUUGCCAAUAUACAGUAUUAUUAGGCUUACAUAUUCAGUUGAGGGUGCUCUAAUUUUGUUUGAGUGUGCUUAGCACCCACAAGGCUCCGAUAUACUGCACUUCUGGAGAAGUUCUUCUUCGUUCAGGGGUGACAAGAAGUUCGAAACAGCCGAGCAACGGUAUACUGUUUGCGAACAUUCAGACACUGGUCACACCGCUGUUGGAGGCUUUAGAAGUACAUUUAAAUAUGAGGACGCUCAAGACUACAUGUAAAACCUUAACUAAUGUGACAUUAAAAUGUGUUAUCAAUUACUUUAUGCCUAAUUCUAUGAGUAAAAUUCACACGAGAUCAGUAAAAGAAGCUUUUUUAACCACUUGGUGAUUAUUUUAAGUAAUAUACUAUAUAUGCAGUAGAAAAUGUGUAAUUUGUCAUUCUGAAUUAAUGACGCUAAUGUGCUAACAUGCUAUACGUGGCCAUAAUAUGCGCUGGUUACACUCUGUUAUUGUAAUUUACGAUGACACUGAUACUACUGCAAAGAUGGGUGUAUAAAAGCAUGUAAAUGGGUGGAAUAUAGACAAAAGAAGGAAAAUAGGCAUAUCUUACUUUGGGCAGAUGUGUGAAUGGCUUUCGCUGCAGAUAGCACAUGAGUGAAUGAGCACUUCAGAGUAUAUGAGUAGAUUUAAUUUCCUUUUGUAGACUAAUUAAACAAAAAAAGAAAUCGCAUAAAGUCCUUGGAAAAUGUCUCUACGCAGACGACCGUACAGAUGUUGGUACAUUUGCACCAGCUCACUAAUAACUCUGUACGCCGGUGUGUACAUGUUGACUGAUCUUAAAUGACUGAACAACGUAAACUGAAUUAGCUGUCGGCCAUAAAGUAGGAGGAGCUUCAGGUCACACCUACAGAUAACGUGGAACAAUUGCAGUAAGGUUUUAAGCAGCCAGUAAGAAGUUUUCCUAGAAGUUCGCCCAGACAAGCUGUUAAGAACAACCAAAACAAACUCAGAAAUGCCUUCCUUUGGUCAGAUUUUGUUCGAAAUUACGUCACAUUCAUUUGUUCUUCGAUUACAUAUGGAGUAUAUUGGGGACUUCAAGCACCCCCAGCAAAAGUCCAAUAUUAAAUUGGCAAAAUGCUCAAGGGAUCCCCGUCGGAUAGCUACAUGCUUGAGGGGUACGUAUUGAAGCGCUCAAAAUUCUCAAGCAUCCCGUAUUCAAAAAGUUUGUAGCGAAAAGUUGGCAACCCUACUAGGGCUGUGAUGUCAAAGGAAGCAGAUGGAAAAAUAUAAGUCCAUUAAGAGCCCUCCAUCGAUCAGUUUUAUUUCAUCAGGUUACACAGCUACUUCUGAAUGGCCAUCAAUCGUGAAAGAUGCAGCUUGGCAGCAGAAUGGUGUAGUUACAGCAUCUACCAGCAGGGGCUAACCAUGCCAACUAGCCAAACCCCGACCCAUAGAUGCAAGAAAGAACAGACCAUUUACAGUUUUGAAUGAUUUUGAACAGCGACUAUUCUAACAAUGCAAGUCAAUAGAAGAUUUUCAAAGUUUAAUCUUAAAUUUCUUUGAAAAAAAAAAAAAAAAACCUUAACCAGAUAGCACCUAAGGCUGAAAUGAUCUACAAAACAAAGUCUGAAUGAGCACGGUAAGUGGUUUGAGGUCAGUUAAUUUCAGAAACUAAGAAUACAAAGAUGAACUGCAAUUCAGUGCUGUCUAGCAAGCACCGUAAAUAAUAAAUCAGGCAUUGACCCAAUGAUAAAGACCAUAUGCUUGAGUGUUGUUAAGUGUACAUGCUCUAUUCAUGUUAUAAGCUCUUUUGGCUAAACAUAACAUUUCAGUAACACUUUGCAGGAAUGGGUUUGGGUAAAAUACAGUUGCAUGUGUUGCUCAGUGGAAGGAAAAUAUACUGUAAUCAGAGCUUUACUGCUUAUCCUUUUUUUAAAUUUCUUAUUUUAUUUUAUUUUUUAUCUGACCAUGUGAAAAUGUCUGUUAGCAUGAUCAUUCUAAAAACAAAACAAAAAAUCCAUAUCCAUAACUGAACUCACCACAUGUUUCUGUUUAAUAUUCCUUUUGAGUGUCUCUUGGAAGUGGAGUGAUGUAUUAUUGUCAUGCUUUGUUUUGCUCUCUCUCUUUUUUAUGAAUCAAUCUCAUUCUGAAGGCUUAUAAAGGACUGUGGUGUUUCUCACCAUAUCAUCAGCAUCUUCCAGUUGAACGUGAAUCUCCAUGCGGGAGCUGGUGUUCAUCAAUAACACAAGAAUAUGCCCCAUUCUACCUUUGAGGUGUCUGUGUAUUGGAUGUGUAUCUGAACGUGCUGUAUAUAUCUCAUGUAGUGUCUCUAUUAUGGAUACGAAAGGCAAAUUAUGCAGUACAUCAUUAAUAAGAUAUUAUCUAUUAUCAGAAGUGGCGUGCGAAUCAUUCUUGUGAACUCUAAGGAAGAAAUGUCAACAAAAUGUACCAGGCAACCAUAAUCACUGAGAUUCAUGGAAGG